UACUUCAGCAUAAAAUUUCCGGAUCUUCCGUCACACGUUGCUUAAUAUUCUCUGAACAUCAAGCGCCUCAUAAGGUGUUCUGUCCUGCAAGUUUAACAGGUUUUCAUCCAGUUAUUGUAUGAGUCAAAAAACAGAAAAGCCAGUACUGUCAGGUCAGCGCAUAAAGACCAGAAAAAGAGAUGAAAAAGAGAAGUAUGACCCUGCAGGUUUUCGAGAUGCUGUGCUGCAGGGUCUUAACAAGGCUGGAACUGACCUAGAAGCUGUGUCAAAAUUUCUGGACACAGCUGGUUCAAAACUGGAUUACCGGCGCUAUGGCGAAGCACUUUUUGACAUCCUUAUUGCAGGUGGUUUGCUUGUUCCUGGUGGCUCGAUAGCUCAGGAUGGGGAUAAACCCUGCAAAACCAAUGCCUGUGUAUUUGAGGCACCUGAGGAUAUGGACUCAAUGCACAACUAUGAACAGGUGUUCAUCAAACUUAUGCGCCGAUACAAAUACCUUGAGAAGAUGUUUGAGGAUGAGAUGAAGAAAAUCCUGAUCUUCAUUAAAGGUUUUACUGAGUUAGAACGUAUUAAGUUGGCUCGCAUGACAGCACUGUGGAUCUCCAAUGGCUCGGUGCCACCAACCGUGCUGCUUGUACUUAUUAAUGAACACCUUGUGAAAGACAGCUUGGCUCUGGACUUCUUGCUGGAGGUGUUUGUCACCUGGAAGCAAGAGAAGGGCCUUGCCAGUCUUACGACUGCUCUAAAAAGGGGUGGCAUUGAGAGCAGACUGAUGGAAUUUGUUCCUCUAAACAAACGGACUGAGGAGCAUUUCCGAGCCACAUUUGAAGAGAAAGGAUUGGCUGAUAUUGUUAAACUGCACAAGGCACAGGCAAGCCAAGAAGCAAAGCGUGACCUGCAACUUCAGUUGGAAGAGCAGUUGUCAGAAGGUCGUGCAAUCAAAGAUAUUGUGACAGAUGUGAAAGAAAGUGCCGCAAAGAAUAAUAUUGCCGAGCAUGAAGUGGUCUCUCUUGUGUGGUCCACUGUGAUGUCUCAAGUGGAAUGGAACAAGAAAGAAGAACUAGUGGCAGAACAAGCACUGAAACAUUUGAAGCAGUAUACGCUGCUUUUUGAGGCAUUCACCACGACAGCCCGCUCAGAACUGGCACUCAUGCUCAAGAUACAGGAGUUCUGCUAUGGCAACAUGAACUUCAUGAAAGUUUUUCAGAAGAUCAUCUUGCUCUUCUACAAGACUGAUGUUCUGUCAGAGGAGGUGAUUCUGAAGUGGUACAAGGAGGGCCAUUCUGUUAAGGGGAAGAUGCUUUUCUUGGACCAGAUGAAGAAGUUCAUUGAAUGGCUGCAGAAUGCUGAAGAAGAAUCUGAAUCUGGUGAGGAUGAUGACUAAAUGGAUCCUAUUUCUCAUUCACUGAGUAAAUAUCCAACAUUAAUAAAAUUGCCUGUGGUGUCCAUAGAGGAAAGUCAACAGUAUUCUGGAACAUAUAUCUUCUGGUAGUGCAUUUCAUUUAUUGAUGGGGUGAAAAGAAAAGUAAUAUUUCAGAACUUUGGACUCAACUGAAGUCAGUUGUGAAGAAUCAUUUUUCAGAAAUCUUUGUUUAUAUGCUGCUGCAUUAAAUGUAUGAAAUUUAUUGAAUUUCAGUAGUGGUAUUAAAGUGAAACAACACAACGAGUGACUGGUAUGUUCGUCUCUGACUCUACUGGUGCCUUAUUCAUCAAAACUGGUUUGCUGGCUGGUAACUGACCAGUCCAUGGAAGUUAUUGGCAGCCUCUACUUGUGAGCAAGAUAUGAAUGACCAAGAGAAAAUCUUGAGUUCUUCUUAUCUUAGUAACCCCUUCUUAAAUAAAGGAUCAGAGUCGUUUUUUUUUUAGUAUAUUUGUAAUUUUAAAAAUGAAUGAAGUGUAAUAAAAAUUAUGUCAGAGAUGAGAAUACCACAUAUUUAGAAGUAAGUUGUCAUCCAUAGCUCGACAUGCAGCGAGUCCUGUUUGUUCGCAGCCUGUUUUUUUGGUCUUCUGUUUUUAUAUAUAUACACUGUAUAUAUUUAUAUAUAUAGUAUAUAUAUAUAUAAAUACUAUGUGGCAUAGUAGUGUCUCACAGAUUAUCACUGGUACAAGUUAUUAGACAAAUUAACCAGUGUUUCAAAUAAGCUGCCAAGUAGAUAAAAAGAACCCUUUUGUAAAUGAAAUUUAUUUUAUCUACAUGAUUGAAAGUCUUUCCCUGUUACCUCACUACACAAAAUAAAUUAAUAAUAUAUAUUAUGUGAGUAUACCAGGUGCAUAAUUUACUGAUGAUAUUGAACAAUAAAAUUUAGUGAACCACUGAAAGAGAUGUGAAUUAUUUGGAUAUAUGAAACAUAAAAUCCACAAUCUUUGUACUUUUUAUAGUGACAGUAAACUUCAGGUAUGGCAUUGGUUUUAGGGUUUUAUGUGUAAUCACAUCUGUCUGGGAAAAUAAAGAAAGAUUGUUGAAAGGAU